CCCCGCUCACGUGGUACCGGCAGUGAGCGGCGGGACGUGUGCGCGAGCGGUGUAUAUGAUCGUCUGUGGAAGGCUCCUCUCCCGGCUGGCGGCUGCAGUGAUGUCAGGACCGAGGCCAGUUGUGCUGAGCGGGCCCUCAGGGGCCGGAAAGAGUACCCUGCUGAAGAUGCUGCUCAGAGAGUACGAAGGGGUCUUUGGAUUCUCCGUCUCCCACACCACCAGACAGCCCAGACCGGGGGAGACGAACGGAAAAGAUUAUCACUUUGUGACACGGGGGGAGAUGCAGGAAGGCAUUGAUAACGGGGAAUUCCUGGAGCAUGCGCAGUUCUCGGGGAAUAUGUACGGGACCAGUAAAUCCGCGGUGCGGGACGUCCAGGCGCGGAAUCAGAUCUGUAUCCUGGAUAUCGACAUGCAGGGCGUGAAAAGCAUCAAGAAGACCGACCUCAACCCCAUCUACGUCACCGUCCAGCCGCCGUCCGUGGAGAUUUUAGAGAAGCGGCUGAGAGACCGGAAGACGGAGUCCGAGGAGAGUCUGCAGAAGAGACUGAAGGCAGCGAGAGAAGACAUGGAGAUCAGUAAGGAACCCGGACUCUUCGACGCGGUUAUUAUCAACGAUGAUUUAGAUCGGGCGUACGCGGACCUCAAGGAGCUCCUGGCUGAUGAAAUUAAGAAAUCUCGCACAUCGAAGGACUCGUGACUCUCCUCGGCUUCGGCCGCCGCGCUCCUCUCACCCUCCCCAAGCAUUCCUCUCAUGACCGCCGCCGCCAGCUGAACCGCUCAUUAACCGCCCGGCGGGAAGAAACCUCGCGGCCGCCGCUCAUCUUUACCUCAGAGACGUCUUCCGCCUCUCACACUCCUGGGGGCUUCUCCGUUC